ACUCAUUUUCUUCCACCGGAAUCUCAAUUCCAGCCACCGCCAACCCAUCGCCGGAACCUGACACCUGGUCUCUCUGUUUCAAUCAAUUAUUCAAACCAUAUUUCUUCAGUAAUCCGUUAUAUAUAUAAUAAAACCUGCUGCUUGGAAAAGCACUGAAAGCCAUUGCCUUUGCCUCUCGCUUAUCUUUGCUUUAUCGGUAUCAGAAGUAUGGAAGCUGGAAAUCCUGGUUGUUGAGAAAGCUGAUGAAGAAAUAACCGCAUUUAUUGUUAACGUGGUGUUGCUAUAAAGGAAACGUAAAAGCAAAAGAAAUGCCUCACAUGCAAAUGAGAGACCUCAAGGAGAACUAUGUGGUGUCAAGGGAACCUGUAAAGGCUUCCAUGAAUCAGAAGAAAUCACCCCAAAUGAACAUCAAAAGUGGGGAAAGAUUUGAUGAUGGUAAGAAGAGUUCUGGAAGGAGAAAUGGAAGGAGAAGAGGCCGGGGGUAUAAAGUAGAUAGGUUACAAGAUGGGAAGCUUGAGCCAAGCACGGGUUCUACUCCAUGCAAGAGCCUUAUGUUCCAUAGAAGACCUGGCUAUGGCCAGUUGGGAAACAAGUGUAUCGUUAAAGCCAACCAUUUUCUUGCUGAGAUACCAGGAUCUGACUUGAGUCAUUAUACAGUAGAAAUAAAUCCAGAAGUUGCUUCUCGUAAAUUGGACAAGGCUAUCAUGACAGAGCUGGUUAAACUUUAUAGAAACAGUGACUUGGGGAUGAAGCUUCCUGUUUAUGAUGGAAGGAAAAACCUAUAUACUGCUGGUUCGCUGCCUUUUACCUCUGAGGUGUUCACUGUAAUAUUGACCGAGGAAGAUGAAGAAACAGGCAAUGUUAGGAAAAGAGAAUUUAAAGUGACUAUAAAGUUUGUAGCAGUCGCUAGUAUGGCACAAUUGCGUAACCUUCUAUCUGGGAAACAAGUUGACACCCCUCAAGGAGCCCUUAACAUUAUUGAUACUGUUUUAAGGGAACUUGCGGCUCAAAGAUACUUAUCAGUUGGAAGGUUCCUUUAUUCUCCUAAUAUCAAGAAACCACAAUCAUUGGGCGGUGGCGUAGAAUCAUGGCGUGGCUUCUACCAGAGUAUAAGGCCUACACAGAUGGGGUUAUCGCUGAAUAUUGAUAUGUCAACGAUUGCCUUCAUCGAACCACUACCUGUAAUUGAUUUUGUUGCUCAAAUUUUGGGUAAAGAUGUUUAUUCAAGGCCAAUGUUAGAUGCAGAUCGUGUCAAGGUUAAGAAAGCACUUAGAGGUGUAAAAGUGGAAGUGACUCACAGAGGAAAUGUACGCAGAAAAUACCGUGUUUCGGGGUUAACAACUCAGCCAACAAGGGAGCUAAUUUUCCCACUUGAUGAGCACAUGAACAUGAAAUCAGUUGUUGAGUACUUUCAAGAGAUGUAUGGAUAUACCAUUAGAUAUGCACACUUACCUUGUCUUCAAGUAGGAAAUGAGAAGAAGGUGAAUUAUUUUCCUAUGGAGGCUUGCAAGAUAGUUGAAGGACAGCGAUACACUAAAGGGCUGAAUGAGAAACAGAUUACUUCUUUGCUGAAAGUUUCGUGCCAAAGACCAUGCGAACAAGAAUUGGACAUUUUACAGACAGUUCAACAGAAUGAUUAUGAUCACGAUCCUUAUGCAAAAGAGUUUGGAAUCAAUAUAAGCAGCAAGCUUGCAUCACUUGAGGCUCGGGUUCUUCCUGCUCCAUGGCUGAAGUAUAGUGACAAUGGAAAAGAAAAAGAACAUUUGCCCAAAGUUGGUCAGUGGAAUAUGAUGAACAAGAAAGUGAUAAAUGGAAGCACUAUAAGAUACUGGGCUUGUAUCAACUUCUCACGAAGUGUUCAAGAGAGCACUGCACGUGGCUUUUGUCUGGAGUUAGUUCAGAUGUGCCAAGUAUCUGGCAUGGAAUUCGAACGAGACCCUGUAAUUCCUAUAUAUUCAGCAAGACCAGAUCAAGUUAAAACGGCACUGAAAUAUGUAUAUUGUGCUGCUGUAAACAAACUUGAAGGAAAAGACAUGGAAUUACUCAUUGCCAUUCUUCCGGACAACAAUGGUUCCUUAUAUGGUGAUCUUAAACGAAUUUGUGAAACUGAUCUGGGUUUGAUUUCUCAAUGCUGCCUGACAAAGCAUGUUUUCAAGAUUAGCAGACAGUACUUGGCAAAUCUGUCACUUAAAAUAAACGUCAAGAUGGGAGGAAGAAAUACUGUGCUCUUAGAUGCUUUAAGUUGGAGAAUUCCUUUGGUUAGUGACAUUCCAACGAUAAUAUUUGGAGCUGAUGUAACUCAUCCAGAGUCCGGAGAGGACCGCAGUCCGUCAAUAGCUGCUGUUGUGGCCUCACAAGACUGGCCAGAAGUGACAAAGUAUGCUGGCCUAGUUUGUGCCCAGCCUCAUAGGCAAGAACUUAUUCAAGAUCUAUUCAAGACUUGGCAGGAUCCACAACGAGGAACAGUUGCUGGAGGCAUGAUCAGGGAGCUCUUACUUGCAUUUAAAAAGGCCACUGGACAAAAGCCACUGAGGAUUAUCUUUUACAGAGAUGGUGUGAGUGAAGGACAAUUCUACCAGGUUCUCCUAUAUGAACUCGACGCCAUAAGAAAGGCCUGUGCAUCACUGGAAUCCACUUACCAACCUCCAGUUACAUUCAUAGUAGUUCAGAAGAGGCAUCAUACUAGGUUGUUUGCCAACAAUCACAAUGACAGAAGCAGCACUGACAAGAGUGGAAAUAUAUUACCUGGUACUGUGGUCGAUUCCAAGAUCUGUCAUCCGACAGAGUUCGACUUCUAUCUGUGUAGCCAUGCCGGAAUCCAGGGGACAAGUAGACCUGCUCAUUAUCAUGUUCUCUGGGAUGAGAAUAACUUCACAGCGGAUGAAAUCCAGUCUCUAACGAACAACCUCUGUUACACGUAUGUUCGGUGCACGCGAUCUGUUUCAGUCGUGCCCCCGGCAUAUUAUGCUCAUCUAGCAGCCUACCGAGCUCGAUUCUACAUUGAACCCGAGGCAUCUGAAAAUGGUAAAGCACGAAGCACGCGCAUAGCCAAUGGAUCAUCGGUUCGGCCUUUACCGGCCUUGAAAGAGAAGGUGAAGAACGUGAUGUUCUACUGUUAGAACAUGAAGGGGAUGAUUGAAGAACGAUAUGUACAUGCUUGUUGUGUUCAUAGUGUAAGCAUUUUAAUUGUGGAAAAAUCGCAAC